UAUUAUAGUUGAGUCAAGAAGAAUACAUAGACGCAUAGAUAGAUAUAUGCAUAUUACUAUAUAUAUUACUCACUUUCUCUUGCUCACUUCUGCGUCACUCUCUCUCUCUCUAAAACCCCUUCCCACCAUGGCCCCCUCCUUACUGUGAUGAUUUUCAAAUGACUUUCAUGUCAUCUUUUGUCAUAUCUUCGCUCUUUCUCUCUCUAGCUUCAUCUAGGGUUUCAGGUUUUAAUUGUUGAUACCACGCCUGACCAUGGAAAUUUACUGCUGAAUUUAUUUUCGAACUAACCGAACAAGUAUUUAUUUUUGUCCGUAUCGUAGAUACAGGCGUUUGUAUCUUGUUAGGGUUUUGUGUAUGUGAUGUCGUCCUCAACAACGAAGGUGUGCUUCAAUUCCAACUGCAAGGAGGCGUCGGAUAAGUGGAGGAGAGGCUGGCGUCGCCGCACUGGCGAGUACGCUCACCUCUGUGAUCGCUGCGCUUCUGCUUACGAGGAUGGAAACUUUUGUGAGACAUUCCACUUGAAUUCUUCUGGGUGGAGAUGCUGUGAAUCUUGUGGAAAGCAAAUACAUUGCGGAUGUAUAGUCUCCUUCCAUAUGUUCGUACUGUUGGAUGCAGGAGGAAUAGAAUGCCUAUCAUGUGCCAAAAAAAGUUACAUUUUGACCCCAAAUCCGGCCUGGCCGCCACCUUCGCAUUUCCUUCCCUCACAGCCUGAAAGAAUGAAGGACCUCUCUGUGAAAACUUGGAGUGCAAUAGCUGGGUCAGGUCCGGUACCAUGGCGUCAGGCUCCCAGUCUGUUCAGUCGUCCUGAUACCCAAUCUAAUGUGCAGUCAAGGAUGCCCUUUGAAAUUGAUGUAUCAGGUGGGAUUGACAGGCAUCACAUUUGUGAGCGAUUAUCUAACGCUUCACCUGAGAUGAAACAAGAGCGUUCAUAUGAAAGAUUUGUUAAUGGAAAGCUGAGACUUGGCCCAUCUGAAACACUUCAGAAUGGAAAUGCUGGACUUGAUAUGAAGGAGCAACCUUAUCCCUUUGUGAAUGAUUUCAAGCCAGUAUUCCUUAAAAAUGAUUCUUCUACGUCAAAUUUGAGUGCCAGAGCUUCUUCAUCCAAAAUAACGGAUGAUGCCCAGCUUUCUGCCAUUAUUUCACAACCAUCAGCUGUUUCAAGUCCUGUCGGCAGACAGGUCAGUCACAUUGUAGUGGACUCAUCUGGCGAGUCUCAAAUACGUAAUGGAAAGGCUCGAGGAGAUGGGCGAGGCCGAAACCAGUUGCUUCCCCGUUAUCGCCCUCAAAUAACUAAUGAGGAGCUUCAACAAAUUUCCAGCGACUCAAAGUCAGUUAUUACUCCGUUGUUUGAGAAAAUGUUAAGUGCUAGUGAUGCCGGACGGAUCGGGCGCUUAGUCCUGCCAAAAAAGUGUGCAGAGGCUUAUUUUCCACCAAUCUCUCAGCCCGAAGGCUUACCUUUAAAAGUACAGGAUGUGAAAGGCAAGGAAUGGGUAUUUCAGUUUCGAUUUUGGCCGAAUAACAACAGCAGAAUGUAUGUCCUGGAAGGAAUUACUCCUUGUAUACAAUCAAUGCAACUGCAAGCUGGUGAUGUAGUGACAUUUAGUAGGCUGGAGCCAGAAGGAAAGUUGGUCAUGGGCGGCAGAAAGGCUUCAGCUAUUCCAUCAUCGGAUCAGGGAGAUGAAGUUACUCUAAUAGGAACUGAUGCUUCCAAUCCAGGGGAUGGUAGUGCUAGACAUAAAUCUGGAGAUGUUAUCUCUGUAAACAGUCAGAGAAAAGAGAAAAUACUUGAAGAUAAACCUGUGAUUCAUAGUAAGAGGAAAAGUAGCAACUUCGGUGUGAAAAAUAAGCGCCUUAGGAUUGACAAUGAGGAUGUGAUAGAGCUGAAGCUCACUUGGAAGGAAGCUCAAGGAUUGAUGCGCCCACCUGCAAAAAUUGUUCCCUCAUUCUUUGUCGUAGAAGGAUGUGAAUUUGAAGAAUUUGAGGAAGCUGCACCAGUUAUUGGAAGGCCUACUAUUUUGGGGAUAGAUCAUUUUGGUGAAAAGAUACAGUGGGUCCAAUGUGAGGACUGUUUUAAGUGGCGUAAAGUGCCUGCAGAUGCUCUUCUUCCUUCAAGGUGGAUCUGUUCAGAGAAUGUAUGGGACCUUGACAGAUCUUUGUGUUCAGCUGAUGAGGAAUUAACAAAAGAACAGCUUGAACAUUUGCUACCUGCCAUGAAUAAAGACGCUUCUAGAAAAGAGGACAUCACUGACCAGGAUGCAGAUCUGUUUGUUGCUCUGGAAGGACUUGAUGCACUUGCUAAUUUAGCUAUCCAAGGGGAGGGAGAGGGCCUUCCAAUUUCAUCUGAGAGCAGGACAAAACACCCACGUCAUAAACCUGGCUGCACAUGUAUUGUCUGCCUUCAACCUCCCAGUGGGAAGGGCUCUAAGCACAGUCAAUCCUGUGACUGCGUUGUUUGUAGUUCAUUGAAGCGUCGUUUUAGAACUCUGAUGGAGAGGCGUGAGAAGAAACAAUUGGAAAAAGAAGGUGACUCCUCAUCUCAGAGCUUGCAAUGGCAACAAUCACCUGAAAAACUGCAGUCUGUUGAUACACAUGCUGGCACUGACGCUGGAAUUAGUGGCCUAAAUCAGGAAGAGAUGGGAAAAUGGGGCUAUCUUGAUGAAGCUAAUGGUAGAAAAUCUUCAACAUCACCUUUGAAAGGUCAAAUAGACCUUAAUAUCCAGCCGGAUCGGGAGGAAGAGUUGUCACCCAGCUCAGAUUCUGGAGCCAUGAAGCACGUGCUCCCAGGUUCUGCAGACAGGUUUUUCCGGCAGCAGAGAUCUUUGGGCUCUGAUGUUAUUGCAGAUUUAGUUGGGAAGCAGAUGCAGCAGGAUGGAAUUGGAGGUGCGAAUUUCAUUAGUUGCAUGGCCCUAGACAGCAGUCAUCAGAAAACUGUUUAGAUCAGAUCCACAUCACUUGGGUUUGGUGAGGUACUCUUAUGCCGAGUAUCACUGAUUUUAGGAAGUAUUUUGGCAGAGUCGAAAUUUUGUUACUCUCAUCUGCUUUGCCUUGGUAAAAAAGCUGUACAUAGAGAAAAAGGUAGGAAUUGAAGGUUGCAAAACCAUUAGUUUAGCAGAUAGAUGUGCACAGUUAGCGGUUAUCCUAUUUUUUCUUUCCAGAAGCAAGGGUUCGUUGCAGAAUGUCUAGGAUUAAGGACUCAAGAUAACCCAACUGGUUGUAAAUUAUCUGGUCUAAGUAUUUUGAUUUCGUUCAUUAGUGGAAUGCAGCUACAUGAUUCUUUGCGCA